AUGGCUGACGAAAUUCAAAAAAUUAAAAAAGAUAUAGCUUUAAAUAAUGCAGUUAUAUUUAUUGGUACAGAUGUAUCUAUGUAUACAACAAACUUUGAACAAGAAGUGUCUCAUUGGAAAGGAUUGUUGAAACAUGGACUGCAACAAUGUUAUCGAUCAGGAUCGAUUGGUGACGAAGAAUUCGAGGAUUUCAAUGACAUAUUCCAUAGUGACGCAGCACAAAUUGAUGAUUAUUUGCUUGCUGCCAAUCAAAUUAAGCAUUAUUUUCAAAUAGAAAAUAAUAAAACAGAACCUGAUCCUUAUACAACAUGGUUAAGAGAAACAAUAGGGAGUUUAGAAGUUAAAAAACCGGAACUUAUUAAAGCUAUAGGAGAAUUAGAGUGUCCAAUUCUAACAACUAACUAUGAUUCAUUGCUCGAAGAUAUACUUAAUAAAAAAUCAUUAACUUGGAAUGAAUAUUAUGCUAAUGAUAUUGAUGAUUUAUUGGAGAAUCUUCAAAAAUAUAUUCUACAUGUACAUGGAUAUAUUGAAGACACAGAUAGUAUAAUUUUCAGUAGCCAUGAUUAUGAUCGACUUCUUGAUAAUGAAUUUGCACAAUCUAAACUGAGAGUAUUUAUGGAAACAAAAACUCUAUUAUUUAUUGGAUAUGAUGCUGGAAUUUCUGAUCUAAAAUUUUCGAACUUAUUAAACUGGAUAUAUCAUGUAACAGGUAGUAAAUCAUUGUCAAUGUAUAAACUUGUUAAAUUCAACCAAAAUAACACAUUUAAUCAAAUAUUCGAUGCUUCAUUUUCAACGAAUGUUAAAGAAGUUAAAUAUGGACAUAAUUCGAAAGAUUUACUACAAUUUGUUAAGAAUCUCAAAUCAUGUAUACCAUUAAUACGUGAAAGUUUAUCAUUUACAGACAAAAAGGAAGCCGUUCGCAAAAAAUAUUUGAAUUAUCUUAUUAGUGAAUAUGGAUAUGUAUCCAUUUUUGGCUAUUCUAAUACAAAUAUGAGUUUACCUUUAGAAAGUGUCUAUGUAGAAUUAAAAUUUGAUCCAACACAUCCAUCGAUAAAAGCAAUGAAAAUGUUAGAAAUCAAUGAAGAAUUUAAGUGUCAUCCAGGUUCAGGUAAAACUACAUUAUCAAAAUGGUUGAUUAUGAAUAUGGCUAAACAAUGUUUAGGUGAGAAGAAUAUGUUAUUUGAUAGUAUUUAUUGUAGAACAGAAAAAAUACCAAUUCUUAUUCCCAUAUGGAAAUAUGUUGAUCAAGAAAAUGUUUUAGUUAUAUUUGAAGGCUUAGAUGAAGUUCCGGCUUAUGUAGAUCGAUCAGAUUUAAUGAAAGAAAUAAAUACAUUAUUAGAACGAAGCAUAGAUUAUGAUGCAACAUAUGAUAAACUUACUUAUUCAAUUUAUGAACAACAUGAAAUAAAUAAUACUAAAUGUCCAACUAUUGGAAAUCGAUUUAUUAUAACAAGUCGUAUCGAAGGAAAUUAUUUUGAAGAUAUAAAUUUUUAUGUUCCCAGAUUAACUAUUGAAAAUAUGUCUAAUGAUGCUCUUAAAUUAUUCUGUAGUUCAUAUAUGAAAUGCAUUAAUCAAAUUUCUAUGAAUACUAGACGAGUUAUUGAAGAAUGUAAUUGUGAUCAAUUAUAUAAUGAUAUAACACAAAAUAAAGAUAUAUUUCAUUUGGCGAUUAAUCCACAAUUAGCUAGUGUGAUUGCUGCGGUUUAUAAUCAAUAUGAAGAUAAAUUACCAGAGAAAAGAAUUGAUUUAUAUGAAAAAGCUAUCGAAAAGAUGAUAGAACGUUUAGUAACUUCUUAUAUCGAUUCUCCAAAAAAUUAUCUAGGUAAAGAUCUUCAAUUAAAUGCUACUUUGUUAUGGUCAAUAUUACAAGACAUAGCUGAAUAUUUACAUAGUAAAGUUGAAGGACUAUCAGAAAGCAUGUUAAAUAAAAUAAUAAGAAAUUGCUUAAUAGAUUAUCAAAAAGAAUCAUUGAAGAAUUCUCAAUUACACAUUGAUGAUUUGACAUCGAAACUGGUAGAUAUUUUUAAAUAUCAAGCAGGUUUACUUAAUGAAUUUGGUCAUAACAGUUUUCGAUUUAUACAUCGUACCUUUCAAGAAUAUCUCGCCGCUAAAAGUAUUAUCUAUUCUUAUGGAAUCGAACGAUCUGAAAAUAUUAUUUAUCAAAAUAUUCAUGAUAAAAUUGGUAUUCCAAAUUGGCGAGUUCCUCUCAGUAUGACACUUGGAAUACUAAGUAAAACAGUGGAACAUAAUGAGUUAUUUACCAAUAUUAUUACAAGAUUGUUAAAAGAUGAACAUGAUAUAUCUUAUCAACAAUCUUCUACACUUCUAGUGGUAUUCGUCAUCAUAGAUUCAUUAAAUGAUAUUUACUUCUCAUCGACAUAUACAGAACAUAAAUUAAUUCGAAAAUUAGCCGAUAUAUUAUUAUCUGAUUAUAAAAAUAUGUCGGGCUUUUCACGAUUAAAAGAACAUCAAGAAUUACUUGAAUCCUAUUUCUUAAAAUUGAAAAUAAAAUAUAGUUAUACACUUACACAGUGGUUUAUUAAAAAAAUAAAUUAUGAAGAAAAUAUUGCACCAUGUGCCAAUAUUAUUUAUCAACUAAAAUGGUACACUCCAAUAUUUCAUGAAGUAUUUCUAGAAAAUUUACAUAAUGAUUCUAGAGUUUGGAAUUGGCCAAUCGAUUCAAUCUUACGAUAUUAUUCAAAUAAAAUUAAAGAUCAAACAAUUUUAAAACAAUUAAAAUUUAAAAGUGAAAUAAAUAAAAAUUCUAAACUUAUCAAAUAUAUCGUAAACAAUAAUGAUUGGUUAUGUUUAAUUACAGCUUUAUAUGGAGGAUAUAAAAAUUACAAUACUGAAUCAAAUAUUUCAGAAUAUUAUGAAAUAGCUCAAUUUCUUGAAUUAAGUGAUAUAGAGAGGGCACCUUUUAUUUAUUAUUAUCAAGAAGUUUGGGAUAGAGAUGAUCCGGCUUAUAGUAUGGCUGUGUAUCUUGACGCAGCAGUACAUAAAAAGCGCUGGACUGAAACACCCAAAUUUGAUAUCAAUGAUAUUUACAAAGAAUCAUUUUUGACAAAUGAAAUUCUUCGAUUGCUCCACGAUGAAAAAUCUACAACAGAAUUAAUCGAAAAAUUGCACAAACAAAUCAAGCAUGAAAAAUUAAGUAGAAGGGAAAAAGUAGAAGCAUCCAUCACAUUAAUUGUUUUAGGAGACUUCGACUUCAUUAAUACUAUUAUUAUAGAAGGCGAAAAAAUGUUUAUGAAGGGCUUGAGAAACAGAAUAGAACAGCUUAUUUCUACAUUGAAAGAUCCAAUAGCAAGAUGGUCUGCGCAUAUUCCUAAAUAUUUACUUACAAUUUAUAAUGACAUGAAAGCAAAUCCGUUAAAAUAUAAUAUGAGUUUUUUACACUAUUGCACAAUAUAUUCAUCUUUAAUAGCUAUUAGUGGAGGAUUUCCAAUUGACACCAAGAUGUUAGCUGAAACUAUAGAAAAUGCUGAAGAUAAGUAUAGUUUAUAUGCAGAAUAUUUUGCAUUUAAGCUCACUGGUGCUGAUGAUAAUUUUCAAAAUAAAAUUACUGUACUAUGUGAUACAGUCAUUCCUACAAUUAAAGCUGAUCACAUAAUGAAUUCAUUUUGA